AUGGCUAAGAGAAAAGGUUUUGGGAUUAUGUUUGACAAUGUCGUCGUCAAAGAAGGAGCAACCGCCGUCUCUGCUUCCAUCGCUUCCGGACGACAUCUCAUCAUUGACAUCUUAUCGCGUGUACGGAGGUGCGACUAUCGAAAACUCUCCCUUGUUUCCAAGCACUUCCGAUCACUUGUUGCGUCGCAUGCGCUAUACGCGAGACGAUCACUGUUAGGAUGCACGGAACGCCGUCUCUAUGUGUCCCUCUCUGACGGAGAAAACAGCUAUUACAAUCCUUAUAUUCUCUGCCGGAAAGCCAACGGCAAGCACCGCUUGGUCCUUAUCCCUUGGCCUACCAAUAUGCCUCACGUCCGAAGCUUUCUCACUUCGGGAUCGAAGAUAUAUGUGUUUGAUAGUUUGAACAGUUACCAACAUUUGCCAAUUCCAAGCACUGAAAGUAGAUUCCAAACGUUGCAUCCCAUGCCUAGUAUGAAUAAUAAUGUAACCAUGUUUGCUUCAGUUGCUGGCGUCAUUGACGGGAAAAUAUAUGUAACUGGAUAUACUAAAGUCCCAUCAGCGAAUAUGGUCAUGGCUGUGUUCAAUACCGAAACACAAAUAUGGGAGACUGCGACCGAGACCGAGACGAUGAUAGGUCGGCCCGUUGGUUGUGUGGUGAUGGCUGGUAAGAUGUACACGAGGGAUCCUUUUAACAGCUUCGUUUACGAUCCAAAGGAGUGUAAAUGGGAGAUAGAGGAGACGCUGAAUAUGUUUAAGUGGGAGGGUGGGCGUGUUGUUGAUGACGUAUUGUAUUACUUCGAUAAUCUUGGAGGGAAGGUGUUGAGAGCUUAUAACCCAAGAGAGAGUAGUUGGGUAGUGGUGAAAGGUUUGGAAAGAUUGGUGGCUGAGGCGAGAUUUUCAGAGUCGUCUUACACUGGGAGUUGCGGUGGGAAACUGGUUUUGUUUUUCUCUAAAGAUCGUAGGAUAAAAGGUAUCCGCUGUGCGCAGAUUUCACUUGAAAGGAGGCACCAGGGAAGAAGUGAGAUUUGGGGUAAAAUUGAUUGGUGUGAUGAUGUUUUGUUUCGUAGUGAUGAUCUUUUCGUUACGAAAACUCUAGAUGUUAUUCUUUGA